GACUGCAUUCCAUCACAGCAUCCCACACUUUUUUAACUUAUCUAAUGAGAUCUUGCUUACUAUAUUGGGACUCUGCAGAAGCACAGAGCGAAAGCAUCAGAAUGAUACUAUCUCUAGCCUGAGAUUAACCUGUAAGAGGUUUUGCCUGCUCUGCAGCGAUUAUGCUGUUCGUCGCUGCGUCACAUUGGAUUUCAGCCGUCCAGAGAGUGUUGAGCUAUUUCGCCAAAUGCUUGGAAAUCCUCGAAUCGCAGAAGGAGUUCGCGAAGUUAAUGUUCAGUUGCAUUUCUACCAUCCAUGGAUUGCGGCCAGUCUUCAUAAUUUCACCAGAGCCAUUUUAUCCGAAUGGGGUCAACGAACUCAAACUUUAGAUGCAAUUGGCAUAAGUCGAGGCGGCCAAAUUACAUUUGAGAGUCUGAUGCAACGAUUCGUCCACGAGUUACGCAUUCAUAAUGAUGCUUUUAUAGAGCUACCUACAUCACGCAACACGGGAAACCAAACAAGGUAUCACAACGGUAUCCUUCAAGUUGCUUAUCGAAAAUACAAAGAGAGAUAUGAUGCACAGGUGCUUUCCCACGGCGACGGCGCAUUCGCAUUAGGAAUAGCCGAGAUCUUGACGAGAUUGCCAAACAUUCGACACGUCAUGCUCCGUGAUGGCAUUCUCACAAACAACUAUGACCUCGGCCGCAAGUUCGAUCCAGUCGACGAGCAAGACACCUUGGCCCAAGCCGAUGUCCUAAUGAAGGUCCUUUCUCGACCAAUGUUAUGGGAGGAAGCACGCUGGAUACAGCCAACCGAAUUUAUCUGGCCUGUGGUUCCGACGAAAUUACUCGUGGAUAUUCCUCUAGCACUGGGCGCUGCAGAUUCACUGCUGAUCGACCAACUCUCUAUUCAUGUAUCAGCUGCGCCGGAUUACAUGACUCUGCAACUUAGCAGAGAGGAAAGAGACAAGUUAUCAGAUGCCAUCAAACGGCUUGAUCCAAUACAGUUCAGCUUCCAGCCGCGGUGCCGCAGCGGUUGUGGCCCAUGGGUUAAAAGUGAAGAGGAUAACGACACGGUCAGGACAGUAAGUGAGAUGGACGUCAUAAACGAGUACUUGGGUGCAAUCUUCAACGCUGGAUGCAUCGCACAUGCUGAUAUUAAUCUCGGCGAGUUUUGGUACAGCCUGGGGGUCGAGUCCAUGCUCGCUGCUCCGACCUCAGUUGGCAUCGGAUUUAUGUGGUCACCGAGCUCUAACUUGCGCUCCAUUCAUCUCACCGAGAUCUCGGUCACUAUUACAGAAUUUGGAGCAUUAGCUGCGGCUCUCGACAUUGAGUCAGAGAUUUCGCUCUUUAUGGUUCACAUCAGAGUUGGCUUGUGGCGAGAUGCUCUCCAGACAUUGAGAGAAGGGCUACGUGAUCCGCGGUCGGUUUCUAUCAGACAUCCGAUGGGCGGUGAAAUUCGGAAUCUCUCACAUGACCAAAUCGAGUCAACCUUUAACUCUCAAUACACGGAGGAGGGCACAAAGGCUGAGUGUUAUGCAAUGGGAAGAACGUUGGAUAAUCCACUCAAUGUUACUAUAUAGUUACCAGACAGCUUUUUAGAAUGACCUUGGCCUAGAUAUAUGAGGAAAUUGGCAGACGCGUCAAAGGACCGAAGCUAUAUCUAAGUUGAUGGUUCAUGAUAUACUCUAUGCCCC